GGCAACCGCUCCUGCUCGGCCCUUCCCGGUUGGCUGGGCCGGCUGCGCCUCGGUUCUCUGGUGACUAUGGGGGACCCCAGCAAGCAGGAUAUCCUGGCCAUCUUCAAGCGCCUCCGCUCGGUGCCCACCAACAAGGUGUGUUUUGAUUGUGGUGCCAAAAAUCCCAGCUGGGCAAGCAUAACCUAUGGGGUGUUUCUUUGCAUCGACUGCUCGGGGUCACACCGGUCGCUCGGUGUUCACUUGAGUUUUAUUCGAUCUACAGAGUUGGAUUCUAACUGGUCUUGGUUUCAGUUGCGAUGCAUGCAAGUUGGAGGAAAUGCUAAUGCAUCGUCCUUCUUCCAUCAGCACGGGUGUGCCACCGGGGACGCCAACGCCAAGUACAAUAGUCGCGCGGCCCAGCUCUACAGGGACAGAAUCAAGUCGCUGGCCACCCAGGCUACGCGGAAGCACGGCACUGAUCUGUGGCUUGAUGGUUGUGUGACUCCGCCUUUGUCCCCUACACCGAAGGAGGAGGACUUCUUUGCCACUCAUGCUUCCCCUGAGCUUCAGGUGAGUGGCACAGGAUGGACCUCAGCACACCCAGAGCCAUCUUCUUUAACACCAAGGAGUGUGGAAACCACCCCAGCAAAUAAUGAAGGUGGACCAGAGCAAGGACCAAGUGUGGAAGGUCUUAACAUACCAACCAAAGCUGCUUUAGAGGUUUCCUCUAUCAUAAAAAAGAAACCAAAUCAAGCUAAAAGAGGACUUGGGGCCAAAAAAGGAAGUUUGGGAGCCCAGAAACUGACAAAUACGUGCUUUAAUGAAAUUGAAAAACAAGCCCAAGCUGUAGAUAAGAUGAAGGAACAGGAAGACCUCACCAGGACGGCGCCUAAGGAAGAGUCGAUUGUAUCAUCCUUGCGAUUAGCCUAUAAGGAUCUGGAAAUUCAAAUGAAGAAAGAUGAAAAGAUGAACUUGAGUGGGAAAAAGAAGGUGGAGUCCGAGAGACUUGGCAUGGGAUUUGGAAACUGCAGAAGUGGUAUUUCACAUUCAGCAACUUCAGAUAUGCAGACUAUUGAACAGGAAACACCAAUCACAGCGAAACCAAGAAAAAAGUGCAGCGAGGACAGUGGUGACUCGUACUUUACUUCCAGCUCAAGGUACUUUGACGAGCCGCUGGAGUUAAGGAGCAGUUCUUUUUCUAGCUGGGAUGACAGUUCAGAUUCCUAUUGGAAAAAGAAGAGCAUCAAAGAGACUGACACAGUUCUGAAAACCACAGGCUAUUCAGACAGACCCACUGCUCGCCGCAAGCCGGACUAUGAGCCAGUAGAAAAUACAGAUGAGGCCCAGAAGAAGUUUGGCAACGUCAAAGCCAUCUCAUCAGAUAUGUACUUUGGAAGACAGGCCCACACUGAUCAUGAAACCCGGGCCCGGCUGGAGAGGCUCUCAGGAAGCUCCUCCAUAAGCUCAGCCGACCUGUUCGACGAGCAGAGGAAGCCGACGGAAGGAAACUACACCCUCUCGAGCGUGCUGCCCACCGCGCCCGACAUGGCCCAGCUGAAGCAGGGAGUGAGGUCCGUUGCUGGGAAACUCUCGGUCUUUGCUAAUGGAGUCAUGACUUCGAUUCAGGAUCGCUAUGGUUCUUAACACUGAUGCCAAGUGUUUCCCGGACAAACUCCUCCAGCGAGCCCGCGCGCCUCGCAGGCUGCCGCGGAGGCCUGCGGAUGGCUUCGCUGCCUUCUCGUGGGUCUGUACACCUUACCGACGCGUGACCUUUCUCUUGAUGUUGUAGAAGCUUUCUUGUCAUUUCCGUUUUGUGUUACUUCCUGCACAUAUCCAUGUAUAUCCUUGCUUUAUUUUCUUGGAAUCUGUAGUUCCAACAGCUGGGGGCCUGGAGACAUGGGCCCCUCCCCCUGUCCGAGGACAGAGAGCCUUUGUGUGGGGUCUCAGCUCGUAUGGACCCUGGGCAAGGGGCUCCCAGAGCCAGCUGACGCCAGUGGGUCUAGAGAAACGAAAUUCACACACACAUUUUCUUCAAAAUGGAGCAAAGAAUAAAAACAAAAGACCAAAAAUGACUGGUGUCUAAUUUGACAGAUUGCUUCAUUUAUUUUUCCACAUAUUGAGGUGAUUUCAAAAUAAUGUUUAAAGUCGUCUGACCCCUUGUAAGUUAUUUAUUUUGUGUGAUCUAUAAAUUAAAAAAUAAUUUUCAGUGAGUGCUUUUAACAAACCUAAGCUGCCUUGCCAAGGGAACUAACCUUUGGCCAAGGUGAAGCGGUUCGGAUUUAUGGAGACGGGAAAACGCCUAAGUGCAUUAGAAGCCGGUACCGCUUGCGGGAUUUAAAACAAAUGAGGUGAAAGGCACUCACGAAAAUAUUUCAGUAUAUGGGCAAAUAGUAGUUGUAAUUGGGUACUUUUGUUAAUAUUUUUUAUCUUAAUCUUUGUUUUAAAAAAAAUUUCAGAAUGUGUAUAAAUGAAUAAAGACAAAUAAUUUGGCUGUGUUUUAGACAGCACUAGAAUAUAUUGUUCAGAAUGGUAACCUGUAUUUGAAGUUUGAUGAACCAGAAAUGUGGUUUCAACAGAAUAUUUUGUGAAUCUUUCUUCAAAGCCCCGAUGAUUAGACUUCUAAAUAAACA